AAUUAUUUUCAUGGAUUCAGAGUUCGGCUGUAGAUAUUCAACUUCCUCAUUUUUACCCCUUCAUCACUUAUCAUCACUUAUCAUCUCUCUCUCGCUAGAGGGAGGUAAAGUUAGUAACCUUUUGAGCCGCCACCGGUGAGCUUAAAAUUAUAUUGUGAUCGUUUUGACUUCCAGUCAUUGACUAAUAAUACCUCAACACCUGUACAAGUAGUCGUUUCAAUAAUUCUCUUCGAUCUCUUGACCUAUUAUCUCCUUCACGAAAAAACAAAUAUAUUUCUUUCUUCUUUAAACUUCAUAAAUACAUCCCAUCGGCCGAAGGCUAAAUUACCUUGUUGUCCUGCUGUAAACUACGCUAACUGUGUAGAUCGCAAUAAUCAAGCUUUCUCAUCUAGUGCAUUGAAACAACAACCGACGAAUAUUUCCGAUUCACAUCUGAAAUAGGAAGCCCACCAACCAUCCAUACAUACACCGUACACCAUUUUCACCGUAUAGUUCUUACCGUCCAAGAGAUAUCACAGUGAAACUAAACAGAUGAAAAGCUUGCGAGCAUUAUCAAAUGAUCAAUUAAGAUAUCAUCAUCAUCGAAAAAGACGUUAAGGAAGACAUUUUCAAAAGAAGAUAUCAAUCCCAUCGUACCCAACCAUAUCUGAUUGAACAAUCUACAACAUUGUACCCAGUCUAUCUCGGUCUGGUCAUAAGGACACAAACAUUCCCCCUUCGUCCUCUUUAAUAUCUGCUCCACCUUCCAAGUUAGAGGGCCUUCUCGAUAGAGCAGAUCAAACGAGCUUUCUUUCGUUUAACAGAGGAUCUAUCAAAUGGAGAACGAAAAAUACUUGCAUGGUGGGUUGGAUCCCGGCAUCGAAUCGACUGUACAGUUAGUCGAGGCAGUGGAAAGUCCGGAUAUGAGCAGUUUCUUCUCUUCCCAGGAAGCACUAUCCUCUGAAUUAUCUCAAUCCAAAAAUGCGGCAUUUCCGGGCAUCAAACCCCCCAUUGAAAUCCAGCUCAGGCUAGCCCGCCUUCCGGUUGAGAUACUUCGCCAAGUUUCUUCCUAUCUUUCGCCAUGCGAUCUGAUAAAUCUGGGCAAGUCGUGCAAGAUAUUGUAUGAUAUCACAGAAACUGAUUCACUUUGGCGGCACCUCGUACAAGAAAAUGUCCCCGGUAUCAAGCUUAAUUCUCCUUUUCCAUGCGAGUCUUUUAAGAAACUUUACCAAUCUCAUGAUCCUCACUGGUUCCUGACCAAGAACAAACUAUGGUUUGGCGAUUCUGAUUACUACGGGCAGCUUAUGAUUUCUAAAUACAACCCUGAGAAUGGCUCUAUCGGAUUAUACAGACUUCUAACCCAAAGAUCAACACCUCAAUUUUGUACAUGGAAGGAUGAUACGUCAGUCGUGAUUCAUUGCUUUGACCCCAGAACGCAUUUAGCUACUUGUCCUCAGCAACUAGACCUCCAUUCUUAUUCGCACCGGUCCCUAUCAGAUACGGGUCAUGCUGAACGCAGGCUCAAGGGCGAGGUACCGCUAAAAGUGGUCGAUCGCGGAAAUUCUAGUCGGGAAUGUCCUUCUAGGUUCUUGCUAUCAAAAUUGUUAGUAGGUAAUCAGCCCAACAGGCCGCAAGCGAAUAAAUGGCCACCGCCAAAGAUUCCAGCAAAAUUUCGAGCAGAUCGUCCUACCAUUUUCGAUAAUUCAUGUACAGCUACAUGGGGUCGACCCGAGAGUCGUUCUCAGAUCAAUGAGAAAUCAUUUCGAAUUAGAGGCUGGAUGGAAAUGAAUGGUCUGGUACAAAUAGGAGAUCAAAUCCAAACAUAUUCGACUCUUGAUUUUGAAUUGUAUACACCCACAGAGGACAAGCCUUAUAGAGGUAUCUUUGUCGGGGACUACUCAGGUCAUGGUUGCGAAUAUCUACUAUUAGAUCAACGAGAUGGAACUCAGAAACAGGACGAACCAAAUAUAUCGAAGUUAAGAGGCGAAUCGCACGAAGCGUGGGAAGCAAGAAAAAGACAAGCACGAACUCCCACAGGUUCUCUAUGCGCUAUUAAAUUGACUGGAGAUCCAAAUAUACCUCGAGGGGAAAUUACAUGGGUCGCUGAUGAUAUUAGUGACAAGGGGCUAGUUCGUUAUGGCGAGAAGGAUUGGCCUGGUGCAAGAAUCGUGAGGAGUCGCGGUCAAAUUGCCAAUCAAGGAUAUAAAAAUCCAAAAUAUAUCGAAACGGAGCUGAUAAUGAUAUCCCCAGACGUGUUGGCACAGCACUGGGUACCCUUCGGGCAUAUCUCUUUCUUUCAUAGAGUAGAUAUUGACAGCUAUGUAAAUCAAUAGCUGGAAAAUUAUAUGGAGGAACAUAAUAUGAAGGAAGGAUAAGACCUCUGUGAUAUCUUGAAGAUGGUCUAGAUGACUGAAUUAAGUUUGGGAUGAUAUCUAUUCGGGAGCGCGAUGGUCAAACUAAGCGGCAUACCAGACUCGAACGAACUACCUAGGACUAUGAGGACUAUCUGAUGAUAAGUUUCGAUUUUACGAUUCAACGCGAAAGUUGGUCCUUCAGUAUCUGAUGAUACGACCGGCAUGUUUUGUUUUUUUUGUUUUUUUCUGCUAUUCAUUGCACUUACUGCGUUUAUUGCACAGUAUGGAUGGAGUUUUGAAUGAUAAUACACCAGGAGUUUAAAGGAUUGGAUCUAUUUUAGGAUACUAUUAUCGCUUUGUUUCUUUGUACAUAAACUGAUACCUAGCUAUUUUAAUAACAAUUCAUCAUAUGGU